AUGAACCUGGACGACAACCUGCUGCGCGGUAUCUACGCCUACGGUUUUGAGCGCCCCUCUGCCAUUCAGCAGCGCGCCAUUGUCCCCGUUCUCAAGGGCCACGAUGUUAUUGCCCAGGCCCAGUCGGACCGCCACCUUCUCGAUCUCGAUCUGCAGAAGAUUGACGUCAGCAUCCCCAAGACCCAGGCCCUUGUCCUGGCCCCCACUCGCGAGCUGGCUCAGCAGAUCAAGAUGGUUAUGGAGAACCUCGGUGAGUUCCGCAAGGUCAAAGUCCACCCUUGCAUCGGUGGAACCCGCAUUUCCGAUGACCAGAAGGCUUUCAGCGAAGGUGCCCACAUUGUUGUCGGCACCCCAGGCCGCGUGUUCGACAUGAUGAACCGCGAGAUCUUCGACCCCUCGUCGAUCCGGAUCUUUGCCCUCGAUGAGGCUGACGAGAUGCUGUCGCGUGGUUUCAAGGACCAGAUCCACAACGUCUUCCUGAAGCUUCCCACUGAGGUCCAAGUUGUGCUGCUCAGCGCCACCAUGCCCCAGGAAGUUCUUGAGGUCACCACGCAGUUCAUGCGCGAUCCCGUCCGUAUCCUGGUCAAGCGCGAUGAGCUGACCCUUGAGGGUAUCAAGCAGUUCUACAUCUCGGUCGAGCGCGAGGAUUUCAAGUACGACACCCUUGCCGAUCUGUACGAGACUGUCAGCAUCACGCAGGCCGUCAUUUUCUGCAACACCCGCAGAAAGGUUGACUUCCUGACCGAGAAGCUGCGCCAGGCCGCCUUCACUGUCUCGGCCAUGCACGGUGACAUGGAGCAGGGCCAGCGCGAAACCAUCAUGAAGGAGUUCCGCUCGGGCUCCUCGCGCAUUCUGAUCACCACCGAUCUGCUUGCCCGUGGUAUUGACGUGCAGCAGGUGUCGCUUGUUAUCAAUUACGAUCUGCCCACCAACCGCGAGAACUACAUCCACCGCAUCGGUCGUGGUGGUCGUUUCGGUCGCAAGGGUAUCGCGAUCAACUUUGUCACGGCUGAGGAUGUUCCCGUCAUGCAGGAGAUUGAGCAGUACUACAACACCCAGAUCGACGAGAUGCCCGGAAACAUUGCCUCCCUCUUCUAA